AUGGGGUUAAAGUCACCAUCAGAAUUUGAAUUACGCACAAAAAUGUUAAAUAAAUUGGAAAAUGAAAGCACGAAAGUCACGUUGGAGACCUUAUCAACAGAAUGCCAAAAGAUACUAAAUUUAAAAGUCGAUACAAUGCUCAUAGAAAGCAAUGCACAGGUAAAUCGUUUACGUGUCAAUAACCAUAAAACUGAAAAACAAAUCAAAAAUAAUGGCAAGUCAAAAGAAUCUUCAAGUUUACCGAAAACACCUUGUUGGUUUUGUGGUGAAUUUCAUUACUCGCGGCACUGUCCAUUCAAAAAUCACAAAUGCGACAGAUGCAAACUUGUCGGGCAUAAAGAAGGAUAUUGCAAAUACCGAAAAACUCAAAAUGAAAAUCAAAAAUACCAUAAAAUUGAUAAGGGCCGUCAAUUCAAUUCAAAAAGUAUCUUCACUACAAACAAAGUCAAUAUGAUUAAACGCAAAUACAUAUUAGUCAAAAUUAAUGGCACACCAUUAAAUUUGCAACUUGACACAGCAUCAGAUAUAACAAUAAUUUCUGAAGACAAUUUCAAAAAAAUCAAAGCCGAUAAUGUUAGCGAAUCAGAACAUACAGCACGCAGCGCAACAGAUGAGUUACCAUUGUCAGCAAAAUUCAAAUGCAACGUAGAAUUUCGAAAUCAACAGCAAAGUUUAACUUGUUUUGUUACUCCUAUACAAAAUCUCAACGUAAUGGGUUUAGAUUGGAUACAAGAAUUGAACUUAUGUAAUAUGUCAAUCAAUUCUAUUUGUAAUAGUAUUUGUGAAAAUCAGGAUAGUAUUCAAUUGUGUUCAAAUCCCAAUAAAGAUACUCACCUGAAACAUUUUUUUUCAGAUGUAUUCGAUGGCAAAAUGGGGUUAUGCACUAAAACAAAAGCAGUAAUCACAACGAAACCAAACGUUCAGCCAGUAUUUAGGUCAAAGCGUCCAGUUGCAUAUGCGGUACAACAACUAGUUGAAGAUGAACUCAAAAGACUCCAAGAAUUAAAGGUUAUUUCACCAGUAAACUUCUCCGCAUGGGCAGCACCUAUAGUUGUUGUGAAAAAAACAAACGGAAACGUACGCAUAUGUGCUGAUUUCUCAACUGGUCUAAACAACUGCCUCGAAUCACAUCAAUACCCAUUACCAUUACCAGAAGAUAUAUUCUCAAAAUUGGCAAAUUCAAAAAUAUUUAGCCAUAUAGAUUUAUCGGAUGCAUUCUUACAAAUCGAGGUUGAUGACGCAUCGAAACAUCUACUAACAAUAAAUACACACAUCAGGCUAUUCCAGUACAACAGAAUGGUUUUUGGAAUAAAAACAUUUCCAGCAAUUUUUCAACAAAUUAUGGACCAAAUGUUAGCAGGACUAAAUUGCACUGCAUCAUAUAUUGAUGACAUAUUUGUUUCCGGUAAAACAGCAUCUGAACAUACAGACAAUUUAUAUGCAGUUCUUACAAGGGUACGUGAUUAUGGGUUUAAAUUAAAAUACGAAAAAUGUAAUUUCUUUAAAACUGAAAUUAAGUAUUUAGGGUACAUCAUUAAUCAAGAAGGGUUAAAACCUGAUCCAGAACGUAUUGCCGCUAUCAAGCAAAUGCCAGAACCAUCAAAUAUUACAGAAUCACGUUCUUUUCUUGGCGCAAUAAAUUUUUACGGGAAAUUUGUUCCGAAGAUGCGUGAGUUAAGAGGACAACUUGAUAAUUUACUUAAGUUAAAUGUAAAAUGGAAAUGGGACGCGGUACAUCAGAAGUCUUUCCAUCAUCUUAAAACUAUAAUGUCAUCAAAUUUAUUAUUAUGCCAUUAUGAUCCAAAUCAGAAGCUAAUUGUAGCUGCUGACGCAUCAAACUAUGGGUUAGGCGCAUGCAUCAUGCAUGAAUAUUCAGAUAGAUCCAUUAAACCUAUUUGCCAUGCUUCACGUUCUCUCACUCCGGCAGAACAAAAAUAUAGCCAGAUAGAAAAAGAAGGACUUGCACUCAUAUUUGCAGUUACCAAAUUUCAUAAAAUGUUGUAUGGAAGAAGAUUUAUAUUGCAUACCGACCAUAAGCCUUUACUGACUAUUUUCGGAAGAAAAACAGGCAUUGCUAUACGUCAAGCUAAUCGUCUUCAAAGAUGGGCAAUUCAGCUUUUAGCAUACGAUUUUGAAAUAAGAUUCAUUUCAACAAACAGUUUCGGAUACGCUGAUGUAUUAUCUAGACUUAUAAACAACAACGAAAAUAUUUCUGAAAAUUACGUUGUAGCAUCAAUCAAAUUAGAAAGAAGUGUAAAUUCAAUUAUAGUUAACACUAUAAAUGCUUUACCAGUAACACAUAAAAUGAUCACAUAUGAAACAGCAAAAGAUCCAAUUCUAAAACAAAUAAUAUAUUAUAUUACAAAUGGUUGGCCUAACAAAACAAUAAAUAAUAGAGAAUUACAAGCAUUUUUACACAGGAAAAAUGAGUUAUCAUUAAUAAAUGAAUGUGUUGUGUACGGUGAACGUAUUGUUGUCCCACAAGUCUACAAAAAACGUGUACUUAAACAAUUACAUCGUGGUUAUCAAGGUAUUGAGCGUACCAAGGCAUUAGCACGGAGUUUUGUAUAUUGGCCAAACAUUGAUACUGAUAUAAAAACAUUUAUUCAAAAUUGCAAUCAAUGUGCAAAUGCAGCAAAGAUGCCUACGAAAACAUUACUUCAUUCUUGGCCCACACCAAGCGAACAGUGGGAGCGGGUGCAUAUAGACUUUGCUUGA